AUGCCGUUUGUCUCUUUUUUCCCCUUCCAUUUUGGUUGGCCUAAGCAACCAGCCAGCCGUGUUCUUUUUUCGACCUUCACACCCUUCCCCCCACAAUUCUUUUUUCAUCCUUUCCUUUUUUUCACUUUCUAUUUUUUAAUUUCCUUUUUUAUGCUUAAAUCGAUGAAAAUUGUUUUAAAUAAAUUUUUAAAAGAAUUUUUAAAUUUAAUUUUAAAUAAAAAUUAAAUUUAGCUAAAUAAAAAUUAUUUUAAAAAUAAAUUAGCGAGAAAAUAAACUUCUACUAAUUUUUACAUAAAAUUAAAAGGUAAACAUUCACAUAUUACCCCAAUCUUUCCUUUUUUAUUUUUGGAGAUCUCUACCAAAAUUAUUUUAAAAUUCAAAUAAAAUAAUUAUUAAUAUUUGUUUUUAAAUUUUUAUUAUUUAAUUUUGCCUAAAUUUAUCAAUCGAAUAUUUAACCUAAUAAAUUAAACAAUUCCUUAAGUUAACUUUUGAAAUAUAGUACAUAUGUAGAAUUCUAAAUUAGUAAUAAAUUUGUCGGUCUAUAUAUUAAUUUAAAUAUUUUUAUUUUUUUAAAUAUUUCUCUCAAAAUUUAAUUUUUUAAAGCCAAAACUUCUUUCAUUCUUUCAUUCUCUCUUUUCCCCGUUAAUUUUCAUUAGAGAACAUCAUCAUAAUCAUUUUUUAUUUGUCAAAAUCUUCAUUUUCUUCUUCUUCAAUUUCACUUAAAAACUGAACUUUGAUCUCUUUUCUUUCUUUUUUUAAAAUAUAUUUAUAACCUUCAUUUCGAUCAGUCUUUAAGUAAAACAAAAAAAAAGAAAAGACGAAAUCAAGGCAAACGUUAAGAAGAAGAACCAGCCGGGCGGUCCCAUCCUUUUCUUUUUUAAUUUUUAUCUUUUCUAAACACUCGUGUCUACUUUUUAAAAAAAAAACUUCCAAUGAUUUAUUGGAUAGUUGGAAUGUCGAGAGUCUCGAAAUAAAAAAGAUGUUUGUGAUAUUCGAGGCCUUUUAAAAAAUAAAUUUUAU